AUGCCUUUCACAGGUUUGAAAGAAGUUCCGAAGUCUGAAUUCAUUGCAAGCGCCCUUUCUGUUGCAGAAUCACAAGUGAAAACUCUUCCAGCAACUGCACAGGUUGCUGCACAACAAGGUGCAUAUCUAGCUAGUUGCUUUAACCGCAAUGAUGAAUGUAAAGAGCAUCCAGAAGGACCUCGACGAUUUACAGAAUCUGGACAUCAUCGGUUUCUUCCCUUCCGGUAUAAGCAUUUUGGGCAAUUUGCUCCACUUGGCGGGGAGCAGGCAGCAGCAGAACUUCCUGGAGACUGGGUUUCCAUUGGUCACAACACUCAGUGGCUUUGGUAUUCUGUAUAUGCAAGCAAGCAAGUGAGCUGGCGCACACGGUAUUUGGUCGUGUCUGAUUGGACUAGAAGAUUCGUAUUCGGGAGGGACUCAAGUCGAGUUUAAUUUGACCAACAAACAGAAUAAACGUGUGAAUUAUUGUGUCUUGUUGUUUCUCUGUUAAUUCUUGCACCUAAUACUUCAUGUAUAGUGAUCUCAAUUCUUGAUUUGAAACAGUUUGAGAAAGAAUUACCACCAACGUUAUUUGGACA